AUGAAAAACCACGCGUUGGAUCAACCAAGUCAAUCAUAUGUACGGCACACAGACGCCAUAAUGAGUACGUCCUCAGAGGAUGACGACACCGGAAGUUUCGAUGCUGCUUGUCUCUAUGACGACCUGACGUUAUUGGAGGCCUGCCAGGAAGGCGAUAUAGAGAGCGUACAGAAUAUUCUCGAAGACACUCCCACUGACGAAGAAAUCAACGAAUCUGACAGGACUGGAAAGACUGCUCUUAGUCACGCAUGCGUGUUAGGACUGACCCCGGUGGUGGAGCUGUUGUCGGAGACCCCAGGGGUAGAUCCUAACAUCGGGGACAAAGAUGGGACCACACCUCUUAUUUUUGCUGCUCAAGCCGGUUAUCGUGAAAUUGUGAAAUUUUUGUUGAACGAUUUCCGCAAAAUCCACGUGGAUCAACGGAACAAGCUUGGCUUCACCGCACUGAUGAAGGCGGCCAUUCAAGGCAGAACGUCGUGUGCCAAACUGCUGCUUUACGCAGGUGCAAACCCUAAAUUGCGAGAUCAUGGCCGAAAGCUUUGCGCCGAGGAAUGGGCAAGAUUCACCGGGAGGCAGGAGUGUGCGGAUGAAAUAGCCAAGUUUAUCAAUACAAAAAGGUUUUUAUCAAACUCUCGUAACAAGAAAGUCCACGAACGUUCCAACAGUGAACCGGACUUAACGAAUACGUGUACAGCAGACAAAGAGUAUAUGGGUCGACAGCGAAAAAAAUCAAAAUCCCUCCGCAAGAAAUUGAAAAAGAUGAUUCAUGGACACAGUGCACAUUCAAAUUCUCCUACAAUGCACUUUACAGAAAACACAAAAAAUGAAAAUCCUUUCGCCAUUAUUGCCCGAUGUGUAUCGACUCCCAUACUUCCUGGCGUGGUAACACACAGUGGUUCACCGCCGGUCUUAAAACGUCCUGUCAGUGCUGAAAACAUUCCACGUGUGGAAAUCACGUCACCAUCAGACCGGAAAUGA